CAAAGGGUGAAAUUCAAUACAAACGAGAAGAGAUGGCCGAGUUGUUGCUGGAUUCCAACAUUAGAGUUUGGGUUUUUUUGCCAAUUGUGGUUAUAACCUUCUUAAUAGGCAUAAUCAGACAUUAUGUCACGAUACUUCUUUCAUCGGAGAAGAAAUCAGAGAUGCAACAAGUGUCUGAUAGUCAUGUAUUAAUCAGAAGCCGGACUCUGAGGGAAAAUGGAAAAUAUAUUCCAAAAGAGUCAUUUUUAGUGAGGAAAACAUAUUUCAAUCAUGGAGAAAAAGGAUUUUUUAAGAAGGAGAAGAGGGAAGCUCAAACUAAAAAUCCAAUGACUGAUCCUACAAUGAUGACAGACAUGAUGAAGGGAAACGUCACCAAUGUUCUCCCUAUGAUUCUCAUCGGUGGCUGGAUCAACUGGGCAUUCUCGGGCUUUCUUACAACUAAAGUACCAUUCCCUUUAACACUGAGGUUCAAACCCAUGUUACAGAGAGGAGUAGAGCUUAUGUCUUUAGAUGCAUCAUGGGUGAGCUCAGCAUCAUGGUAUUUCCUCAAUGUGUUUGGUCUCAGGAGCAUGUACACAUUGAUACUGGGCCAGGAUAAUGCUGCCGACCAGACUCGAGUAAUGCAAGAGCAGAUGUCUGGGUCAGCCAUGAUGGCCCCACCUGACCCCAUGAAGGCUUUUAAGGCAGAGUGGGAGGCCUUGGAGGUGUGUACACAUGAUUGGUUGCUUGAUGGAGUGGAGGAGGAGCUUACAGGAGGAAUCAUCCAACCAGCAACAAUCUAUAUUAAAAAUAAAUAUGCUUAAUAUUAAAGGACUGACAUUAAUGUUUUCAUUGGAUGUCAUCCUGUUGUUUGUGUGGAACGUUUGUUGAUGAAUAAAAUGUACCAUCAGGUUAACAAAAACUGUAUACGAAGUGAAACAAAUAGAAAAUGCGAGUGUUUGAGUUUUAUGAACUUUACUGUGAAAACCACUGCUGCAAAGCCAGGUGGAACUGUGUCUUAAUAUUGGUAUCAGGGCUCUCCAUGAUCGGAGAGCUAGAGUGCAAUGCAUGUGCAAUCACAAAUUUGAUGCACUGUGGCAAAAGUCUAGUAUUACUGAUGCAUCAGAAUAAAAGUACCUUUAUUUAUGUUGUGCUCAAAACGUUUUUGUAUUUCACGAUGAAGAAUAAUUAAAUGCAACAAAAGUUAUGGUUUCGAUUGUUUGAAGUAAUAACUACUGUCUAUGUAACAUUGUACAUGUGCAUUGACAAAUAUUCAUUAGUUCAGUUAUAUUUUCAUUAGUUGGUAACUUUUACUUGUUUUAUUGAUAAUUUCAGAAUUUAAAAAAUAUAAAUAAUUGUAGUUUAGUUUUAUCAUUUGGCAAUUAAGCACCUGUGUUAGAAAUCUUGGAGCUGGCUUCAUUAAAACAACAUACUACCUACAUUUUUGUUCUUUGUACACAAGCUAUUAGGCAAUAAUAACUGAUUCAAUAUUCUGUUAAAUUUUACAAAACUCGUAAUAAAAAUAGACCAUUAAUGAUUUACAUGAAAAAGAAUGGAUCCCUCCCACCUCCCAAAGUAAAUAAAUAAAUAAACGAGCAUUAUCAUUGUGUAAAUUUCUGUAUCAUGGUAUCAAAGAAAAAAAAAGUAAAAGUAAAACCCAAUAGUAUUUAAUUUUAAAAAGAAUAUAUUAACUUUUUUAUAAAACGGAUAGAUCUAUAUGAACAAAAAUAUUAUUUGAUAAAGUUUGAAAUGACUUAAUAUAGUUGUGUAUAAGCAUGUUUUCUUAGUCAAUUCUAACCUGUGUUCACAGUAUGUAAAUGAAAUAAAAGUAAUUUUAUCAAAUUA